AAGCUUUCCCAGUUGCCACAGCAGACACAAGGGGGCUCUGUGUCCUCGCCACAUCCCUCGCAACCCAGUCAAGAGGAAUCCAGCCCGUGCUCGGACAUGUCCAGCUACGAGGAGCCACCGUCUCCCCUAUCACCAGCCAGCUCAGACCCCCUCGCUCCGACCCCGGCCCCGGCUCAGGUCCCCGUUCGCCGGCAACCGAGCAGGGCCUCGGACCAGGAGGGUGGCGCUGGGAGAGAUGCACCUUCACUCUGUCAGCGGUUCUUGCCCAAUGACCCCACCAAGUGGAAUGUUGAAGAAGUUUACGAGUUCAUUUGUUCACUGCCAGGUUGUCAGGAGAUCGCGGACGAGUUUCGGUCUCAGGAGAUCGAUGGACAGGCCCUGCUCCUGUUAAAGGAAGACCAUCUCAUGAGCACCAUGAACAUUAAACUGGGGCCUGCACUCAAGAUCUUUGCACGCAUCAACAUGCUUAAAGACUCAUAGCAGUAAAGUGUGUGUAUUGAUCUCUCUCUCUGUGUGUGUGUGUGUGUGUGUGUGUGUGUGUGUGUGUGUGUG